ACAAGACCCCUGCCUUAGAAUGACCUCAAGCGUCCCCGUGGGUCCUUCCCCUCCCCCAUUUUCAGGGGGUCUAGGACUCCGCAUGGGGCUCAGGCCUGACCAGAGGCGUGUACCAUCCCCCUACAAUCCAUUUUUGCCCCAACAGAGGGGGAGGAGAGAGAGAGAGAGAGAGAGAGCGCGCCAGCUCGGACCACAGCCGUGUAGUUAGCCCUGGGGCUCAGACAGACUGCGGAGUCUGGAAGCAGGAGGGAGGGUGGGGUUCCAAGAGGCCUUUGCGACCUGGAGGGGGUGCAGGCUGGAGAGGCUUAGGGUGAGGGGCUUGCAGACAGUCUCGGUUGCAGUUAGCAGUGUUGACAAUGAGGCAGAUUGUGGGUGGGGAUGCUGCGAGGUGCUCCACCCCAGAACCCAGUGGUAUCCUUACUGAGAAAGGGCCAGGUGGCUGCUGUUCACUACAGAGGUCAUGGGUGUGGGGAGGCAGCGACCCUGGGGGUGGGGCUUUGCUUCAGGCUCUGGCAGAAGGUUAAGAGCGGUACUUAUCCCCCCUCCUAAAGCCCAGCACUGGAGACUGGAACAGGGGUUUGGGGUCCCCGGGGCCUCAGAUCUCACAAAUCUCACACUGUACUGGCUGGCUGUCAGGAACCUCAGGUAGACCAUUUCAGCCAUUCCAACCACAGGCCUUGGUCUUCAUCUCUGAGACCUCAAAGGGCAGGAAAAGGGUGUGGGACAAUGUGUGAAUGGUCUAGGGGAUUUGACAGAGCCCUUGCUGGAAGCACUUUCUGGGAGUUCGAGCUCCCGAAGAGAGACCGGGUCCCUCCCCACUGCAUUUAGCUGGGCAUGGACCUCAUCCAGGUGAUGGCCCUCCUUCCUCUGAUGAAGCUGGCAACCCAGUGCUAAUUCUUGGUCGUUUGACUGUGCAGACACCAAAGGAUCUGGCUCCCCAUCCCCCACCCCCAUGAGGGGCCACUCCCCUGCUUCCCACCCCAGCAGCGACUUGGACCUUCCCCAGCGGGUCAUGGGCUGGAGGGAGGGGCUUCCUCCACCACCGUCUGGGCCCCAGAGCAUCCCAGGUCCCACAGCAGGAAAUGCUCCCUGGGCGGAAUGGGCCUGGGGUGUGGCCUGAGGCUCCACUCACUCUUGAGGGGGGCUGGAUCCCAGAGGGGAGGUCGGAGACCUGUGGGAGGGAAGGGGGGAUGAGCAGCAGCAGAGGGAAAGCUUUCUGCAGGGCCUAAACCCCAUUCCCAGAGUGGGAGUGACCAGGCCAUUUGCGUUUGAGGAGAACGCCAGUCUUCUCCUGUGAAGAGUAGGUGGGUGUGGAGAUUGCGGGGCUGGACCUCUGGGGAGCAGAGUCAGGCAAGGGGAAAUGGUCUGAGGGUCCAGACGCCACCCUCUGCUGGCCAUUUUCCAAUGUCCAGUUUCUCACUGUGAGAAAUGAUGCAGUAAACACCUGUGGUCAGUUUUCUCUCCACAUUUUGAAUACUCAGGGGCUUUGGCAGUGGCCCUGGAACCCCUCAGGGAGCCUCCCAGCCCCGCCAGCCCAUGGGGGAGUUGGAGGGCUGCGCUGAAGGAACAUGCUUGGCUGUUCUCCUGCCCUGUCAUUUCCACCCUGGCAAGAGCCAUUGGGCCAGGAGACAAGAGAAGUCCCCAUCCUGCCCUGAGCUCCCAGGUGGGGCGGGCCAGGUUCCUGGGCUGGGCAGGCUGGGGGUGAAGGGGUGCGUGGAGGGGGGAGCAGGACCCCCGGUGAGGAGAAGAGAGGCUUUGAGUGACUGUUGUCAGAGCGCUUCCUUGCUGGAGAUCUUGUGUGUGGAGACCAGGCUGGCGCCCGCCAAGCAACACAGGUGCCAACAGGCAGCGAGGCCUGCAGCGUCACGCGCGUGCCUUGCAGCUCAGCCUACGACACGCAGUUGCGUCAGAGAGUGGCGGUGAAGAAGCUGGCGCGCCCCUUCCAGUCGCUGAUCCACGCGCGGAGGACGUACCGCGAGCUGCGGCUGCUCAAACACCUGAAGCACGAAAAUGUCAUCGGGCUGCUGGACGUGUUCACGCCGGCCACCUCCAUCGAGGACUUCAGCGAAGUGUACCUGGUGACCACGCUGAUGGGCGCCGACCUGAACAACAUUGUCAAGUGUCAGGCGCUGAGCGACGAGCAUGUCCAGUUCCUCGUGUACCAGCUGCUGCGUGGGCUGAAGUACAUCCACUCGGCGGGGAUCAUCCACAGGGACCUGAAGCCCAGCAACGUGGCUGUGAACGAGGACUGCGAGCUGAGGAUCCUAGACUUUGGGCUCGCGCGUCAGGCUGACGAGGAAAUGACUGGCUAUGUGGCCACGCGCUGGUACCGUGCACCUGAAAUCAUGCUCAACUGGAUGCAUUACAACCAGACAGUGGACAUCUGGUCUGUGGGCUGCAUCAUGGCUGAGCUGCUCCAGGGAAAGGCCCUCUUCCCAGGAAACGACUACAUUGACCAGCUGAAGCGCAUCAUGGAGGUGGUGGGCACCCCCAGCCCUGAGGUUCUGGCAAAGAUAUCCUCGGAACAUGCCCGGACAUACAUCCAGUCCCUGCCCCCCAUGCCCCAGAAGGACCUCAGGAGCAUCUUCCACGGAGCCAACCCCCUGGCUGUGGACCUCCUGGGAAGGAUGCUGGUGCUGGACAGUGACCAGAGGGUCAGUGCUGCCGAGGCCCUGGCCCAUGCCUACUUCAGCCAGUACCACGAUCCCGAGGAUGAACCUGAGGCUGAGCCCUACGAUGAAAGCGUCGAGGCCAAGGAGCGCACAGUGGAGGAGUGGAAGGAGCUCACCUACCAGGAGGUCCUCAGCUUCAAGCCCCCAGAGCCACCGCAGCCUCUGGGCAGCCUGGAAGUUGAGCAGUGAGGAGAUGCUGCUCACCCACUACACUCCCAACUCCAAGAGGGGCCUGAGCUUGCCUGCCCACAUUCCUCAGCUGCCUGGUUCUCACAAGGGGUGCCUCCCAACACCUCUGCAGCCAGCAGCGCUGACCCUUCUCCCGGGAUCCCCCUGU